AUGUCUUUCUGCACUAAUGGCUUUGUACCGGAAAACCGAAGUGGUCAUGAAUCGGUACUAAUUGGAAAUAAACUUUACAUUAUGGGUGGUUUCGAUUCAAUCUCACCUCUAAAUUCCAUAUCAAGAGAAAUUUAUUAUCUGGAUCUUUCGUCACCGUUUGAUAUUGACAACCCGCCUUUUGUAGACCUUACUAAAACUUCACCAAUGUUAUAUGAAAUUAGUAAAGUGACAUCACUGGCUGGUAGUAUCGGCAAUUCUCUUAUUUUCCUUACUGGUGGAACGAAAAAGUAUAUGACAGAUCAAUUCGUUUUCAUUUAUAACGUGUACUCACAAAGAUGGGAAAUAGCUCAAGGGGCUCAACCAACUAGAUCGAUCUCAACAGUUACAGAUCAAUUUGUUGCAUCGUAUAUAUUUAGGGCCAUGAAAAAAUAUUACAUGUUAGCUUUUUGGGGCAAUUAUAUUAAAUGUGAUGUCUCGAACUCGAUAUGUCCGCCUAGAAGCCAUGCUACUGCAACAUUGCUUCAAGAUGGAAAGAUUAUUUACAUAGGAGGUGCCAAUCAGCAAUCUUUUGGAAACAAAAUAACCCUACGAAAUAUGCUAGAUAUCUCAAUAUAUGAUACACAAUCUUUGACCUGGUCCUUAAUGGAAGCGGACACGCCAUUUACCAUCCAUCCUCGAGUAGGCCACACAGCAGUCCUAGCACCGAAUAGUAAAUCGAUUAUUUUAUUGGGAGGAACUUCAUCUUUACUUGCCAUGCAUCCUCAAGCAAUUUACUCAAGUAGAUUUAUUAGCAAUAAUGAUUUGGAUUCUGUACAUUCUCAAGCAGCUUGUUCAAGCAGAUUUAUUAGUCAUAAUGAAUUAAAAGUCAUAUGUCCUCAAAUGGCAGUUAAAAAACCUUCUAUCGCGUGGGAAAGCGCAAGGCUCUUGUUGAUAUUUAGCAAAAAAAUUCGGGCAACGUUAUUCGAGUUGACGGAUCUAAAAGAUGGUAAGCAGGGUGGGUGUCCACUUGAAACCAGCAGUUCAGGAUGGUCAACAUCAAGA